UCAGAUCCUUCCGCUGUCUUAACUGUCACAAAAGCGUACUCAAGCACCUCAUAUACUAGUAUGCCAAUGUUUGGUACCCUCUUCAUACAUGACGGGUUACUUGCAGCGAUUGUGGCACUCGCCAUUACUGGGAGUAUGUUACACUCCGUCUAUUUUAACUGGCGUCAUACCCAGAAAUCACGUAAAUUAGGCUGUGAAAAAGCCCCUCUCUACCCCAGCCAAGACCCUUUCGGUAUUUCCACACUUCGCGAGACACUUGACGCCGCACGAGAGAAACUGCUCCCGCAGCUAGCUGAGAGAAGAGUGGCUUUUCUAUCUCGUCGACACGACAGAUACGUUUCUACUUUUCGUAUAUGCCAAGCUGGUCGGGAGAACUUUUUGACGACAGACCCCAAGAAUAUCCAAGCUAUGUUGGCGACUCAGUUCAAGGAUUUCGGUUUAGGUGAUAUGCGUCGCAAUGUAGCCAGUCCUGUUGUUGGCCAUGGAAUCUUCACUACUGAUGGCGAGAGCUGGGCGCGCUCCCGAUCACUACUACGACCUCAAUUUACGCGAGAUCAGAUGAACAACCUUGAUAGGGAAGAAUAUCAUGUCCAAAAUGCGUUGCAUGUCAUUCCCACGCUAUCUAACGGCUGGUCCUCACCGGUGGAUAUUCAAGCCGUCUUCUUCCGUCUUACCCUUGACUCGGCCACGGAAUUCCUCUUCGGUAAAAGCUGUGAUAGCCAGAUUACGGCUAUGCAAAAGGAAACCGGACAGGCCUCUGAUGAUAGCUUUCUCUACGGGUUUGAUCGAUGUAUGUGGUAUCUUGCAGAGCGACUGCGCUUCGAGCGGCUCUACUGGGUCAUCUACAAUAAGGAGUUUAAGAAGUGCAUCAAGAUUUUGCAUUCAUUCGUCGACCGAUAUGUCAACUGUGCUCUGAAGGAGGUGCAUCAACUGGAAGAAAGAGUCCAUAGUACCGAAGAGCCUAAGUCGCAGUAUACGUUCUUGAAAGCCCUGACUGGUACUACAAAAGAUCCCGUCAGGUUGCGCGAUGAAUCUCUCAAUGUUCUCCUAGCAGGCCGUGACACAACAGCUUCUCUACUGAGCUGGUCGAUCCUCCUUCUCGCAAGACAUUCCAAUAUGUUUGCAAGACUUCGGAGUGAUAUUCUCAAGGAAUUUGGUACUUAUGAUCAGCCGAAGAACAUGGACUUUGCAUCCUUGAAGUCGUGCCAGUACCUCCAGCAUUUUCUCAACGAAACCCUUCGUCUUUACCCUGUCGUACCGUUCAACCGACGUUGCGCAUUAACAGAUACUACGCUCCCACGUGGCGGCGGUAAAGACGGUACCUCUCCAGUAUACCUCCGCAAGGGCCGUACAGUUAUGUACAGCACCUACGUUUUACACCGCCGAAAGGAUAUUUGGGGCGAGGAUGCUGAAAUUUUCAAUCCGGACAGGUGGAUCGGCCGGAAGGUCGCCUGGGAAUACAUUCCGUUCAAUGGGGGACCUAGAACGUGCAUUGGCCAACAAUUUGCUUUGAUGAGGUCAAGCUAUGUUCUGGUGAGGUUGUUACAGAAGUUUGAUAAGGUUGAGGAUGUGCACUCUGAGCGGGAGAUUCGGUAUGGUGUUUCGCUUACGUCUUGUCCAGCUGAUUCUGUGACUGUGAGACUACAUCAAGCGGAGGUGGAGGGUUGA